CGUAACCUCUAUUGUGUGUCCUAUUAUUAUUUUCUUUCAUGUGAAGCACUUAGGUCCGUGUCCGGUUUCACUCCACUGUUCUGUCGGUUCUUGUUCGUUUUAACUGGUUUCAUCGUCAGCAAGAAACUAAUUAAACUCUUUAAACUCAGGUGUGCCGUCACGUGAUUUGACAGCCAAGCCCCUAAACGACGCGUCCCACAUUUCCAAGGACCUGGUUCCGAUCCUGAAUCACUCAGACUUUCAGAGACUUCGUAACUCCGGGUUUACGGUAUGACUCCGGUGACUGUCAAUGGAAAACCCCGGAAGCCAGAACGCUCAUAAAAGUUCCAAACGGACACAAAUGGAAGCUGAAACAGAAGCUCCAGAACUGCACGGGACGCAAGCACCGAUUCACCGACACGCACGGCCGCCCUGACAGACAUGGACACCGCCACAGUUGUCUUCCUGAUGAACUGCUUCCUGUUUGCAUCUUUGAUCCAAUCAUCUCCAGUCCCUGCAUCUGGCCUCCCACAUUCCUUCGUGGAGACGGUCUCUCAGGCCAACACAAUCGUUGAGAAGAUCCUGAACAACCUUCAUGCAGUGCACAGUGCUACUGUCAGCAUCCAAGGUCUCAGCCUGGACUCAUCCCCUCAGACGUCCCAUUUUCAGAUGAUGGAGAUGUCCAUGGGAAUACCUGCCUCCCCUGUCCUCAAAAUACUUUCUGAACUCUUCACCCUGGACAUGUGUGUGAGUCGGAUGUCAGCGGGCAUACAGAUGUAUGAGAACAUUCUGGAGCUUCUGUCUCAAAGCCUGAGUGGUCUAGAGGAUGUCAGAACGGAUCUACGAGACCUGCUAACCCACAUCAACAAGCUGAAGGAGGUGGCUGAUGUCCCUGACGACGGGUUGGAUCAGAACCCUAGUUUGGACCUGGCCUCUCAGCUCCAGGACAGCUACAGAGUCCAGGUGGCAGUCCACUUAACUCUGACCCAGCUGCGCUCCUUCUGUUACGACCUGAUCCGAACCUUCAGAGUCCUGUCCACCUACAGACCAUAAGCCCCGAUCACUAGGACACACGGGACUGACCCAAAGACCUGCAGGAUCUCUGACUGGGUCAAAGCAGGACCAAAUGGAUCAGGCACCAGUUAUUGAUUGUCUCUCAUGUUGCUUCAUCAGCGAAAUGCAACAAAUUCCCAGCAGCUGUUAGAAGUUCUAACAUGAUGAAUGGAUCAGAGGUCCUGACGAAGUUGGGGUCUGUUCUCUAGUGACUCUGUGUGAACAGAUCUUCACCGUGACCUUUUACUGAACCAGACAGAGAAGAACAGCAGCUCAGACACCAGGACCAGGGUUCUGAUCACUUAUUUUCUGCACCAGAGCCACCCAAAUGGUGUGUGGGAGUUCCAGCCCACUGAGCUGCGCUAUCAAUGGGGAAUUAACAGGAAUGUGACAGCAGCUGAUUUUCCAACUAGCAGGUCCAGACCUGCUUGGUGAGCAGCAGAACAGCGCCUGCUGCUCCUUCUCUGGUUCAGACCUGGAACCCGAUGGAAUAUAAUCUGCAAUCAAAACCUCCUGGAACACUUUCACGUCUUCAUAUUUAAUCGUCAUUAUCAACAUUUCACUUGGAUUAUUUUAAUUAUCAAUACAUUUGUUCUGCUUAAAAUCAGUUUAGGUUUUACAGAAAGACAAGCUGGUGGAAAACAAACCCAGUGAUAAAGCGUUCACACACAUCAUUUCCUGUUGCUGCUCUACAGUACAAGGUUCUUUUCUGGAGAUAAAAGCUAAAUCCUCUGUUUCGGUUAAAAGCUGCAGGGAAUGAGAUUAUCAUGAUGUCGUUUAGUUUUUGUCUCAUCCAUCAGUUUGAAUCAUGUGAUGUUUAUUGAACAGGCUUAAUUUGAUAAUUUAUUAUCUGCAGAUUAUUUAUUAUUUUUAUUUAUUGGUUGUAUUUAUUGAUUAUUUAUUGUAUUUAUUUAUUUGUCUAUUGUUCUUGUGAGGGUGUUGAUCUGAAAAAGGGAUAAAAUGUAGGGUUAAAGGUGAGCAUGAGAGAGAGGACAUUAAGGAAUCUCAGGGGUUUAGUAGCUAUGGUGACGAUGACAUCACAGCUUGACCCGGUUGAGAGGCAGAACUGAAACAAUGAAGUGGCUUCGGUUCAAAUAAGUGAAUAAAAAGGUUAUAAAAAUACUUGAAAUGUGUUUCAAAUGAAGUGUUUUCAUGUUUUGGCUUUU